AUGACAACGCGAUUGAUCGUCAAAAACUUGCCGAGCAACUGCACGGAAGCGCAAUUGCGAAAACAUUUUGAAAAGUACGGAAAACUGUCCGACGCGUCGUUGAAAUACACAAAAGAGGGAAAGUUUCGAGGAUUCGCGUUCGUCGGAUUUCUGGAAGACGGCUCCGCGGCCACCGCGCUCGCCAAAACCAAUCAGACGUUUUUUAACUCGAAAAAAUUGACGGUUAGUGGGAAAAAAUACGGAAAAACAAGAGGGAAAUCUUUAGGUGGAAGAAUGUCGUCCGUUCGGCGACGCGAAUAAGCCGCGAGCCUGGAGCAAGUACGCGAAAGACUCGAGUGCCUACAAACGUGCUCACGGAGCCGAAGAGGAUCAAUUGACUGAAAAAUCUGGACAUUUCGAAGAGCCGACCGCGAAAAAACCGAAAAAUGACGAGAAAUUCGAUCAAUUUAUGGAGGCGAAGCGCGUUCCCAAUGAAAAAGAGGUCAAAUUGAGCCAGGAUAAAUCGGCGGAGGCGAAAAAGUUGAUGGCCGAGUUGAUGGACGGAAUUGAGGGUGAGCAAUUGACAAUUUAUGUUAUUUCGAUAAUUAAAGUGAAAAACCUGACAUUUGUUCGGCAAGCACUUUUUCAAAUGUAAAAAAUUGCAGGAGACACCUCUCUUUCUCUAAUUUUCUCGGGAUUGCCGAGUUCGGCAAAGGGAAAGAAUCUGAAAGAGUGGCUGAAUCCGAUUAGAGUGAAAGCGAUGAAAAUCGCGCGAAACGAUGACGUGGCAGCCGCAUUCGUGUCGUUUAAUCGGCCGCCCGAUGUGCGGAGAGCCCUGCUCAAAGAUGGACAAUAUCUCGGCGGAUUCAAAGUUGGAAUCGAGAAGGUUCGCCUUUUUUCGGAAGAGAAGCGUGCGAAAAAGCACAGACGCAGGCGCAAAACUGUUUCCUUGUUGUAAACUGCGCAUUUUUCCAGAUCGAAACGCCCGAACCGCAAAAAGAAGGCGUCGAAGAAGAGCACGGCGCGGAGCUGGAAUCGCGUCAGAAAGAGGAAGAAUCGAUUCGGGAGAAGAUUCUCGAGACCGGACGCCUUUUCCUUCGGAAUUUGCCCUACGCGACGAAAGAGGACGAUCUACAGUAUCUGUUCAAAAAAUAUGGAGAGGUUUCCGAGGUUCAGGUACGGCAAAUUUAUAAUUAAAAUGAAGAACAAGCAAUAUGAAAAUUAUUUGUUGUUGCAAUUUUCAAUGUCAGUUGAAACAGCCCAUUUUUGCAGGUGGUAAUCGAUAAAAAGACGGGAUUGUGCAAAGGAUUCGCCAUCGUCGAAUUCGUGUUUCCCGAGGCCGCUGUGGCCGCCUAUUCGGCCACGGACGGACUCGUUUUCAAGGUGAGAAUAGCAAUUCAUUUUCGUUCCUGAGAAAAGAACGUAAUGGUGAUAGUACAACCUGUCUAUUUUCACUCUGAUUCAAUGUUGUGUCAUCCCUAUUCUCAAGUCUUUUAGACCAUUACGCAUCCUGAUAACUUUUGAAGAGUCUCUUUUCUGAGCAAUCUUUUUUAUGUUGUCCGAGUUUAAAAAGACUUCCAGGUCUGAUCUGUACUAUCACCAUUACUUGGGACCGUUCUUCCCGGACAAAUCGCAAAAAGUUUAUGUAUAAUUUGCAGGGCCGAAUGAUGCACAUUUUGCCAGGCGACGAAAAACGCGACAAACCGGAAGAAGAAGCGGACGCGGAAACGGAAGCGGACGAUCCGGACAAUCCGAUGAAGAAGCAGGAGAAGAAGAAGAAGUCGUACAAGGAGGAGAAGGCGUCGAAUCAGAAGGCGUCGGCCGAAAAGAGCGCCCACUCGUGGAACGCCCUCUUUUUGGGCGCCAACGCCAUCGCCGACACACUCGCGCAGAGGCUCAACGUCAAAAAAUCGGAUUUGCUGACCAGCGAUCAAGGUUGUUGAUAUGAAAAUGGCUUCAAAAAUAUGUGUUCUGAAGAUCAUUCGCUAGUAAAACAGAUAUACUUUGGGAAAGAAAUGUCUUGCUCCUCGAAGUAUAUCUGUUUUAGAAAAAAACAGUGUAAAAAUGUCGAAAUUUCAGGUGAAUCAGCGGGAGUCCGUCUGGCCCUCGCGGAAACCCGUCUCGUCCGUGAAACCCGUGAUUUUUUCCUCGAAAACGGCGUCAAGUUGGACGCAUUUUCAAAGGCGGCGACGAAAAGAUCGGAUACGGUGCUGCUGGCCAAGAAUUUGCCGGCGGGCGUGGAGACUGACGAGCUGCGGAGAAUGUUCGACAAGUUUGGAGACUGCCAGAAAGUGCUCAUGCCUCCUGGUACGUUCUUUCUCGAGGGAACACUUGAACUAGUAGUACUAGUCUAGUACAGAAGCAGAGUAACAACAAUCCAACAAUUUUUAUCGCAAAAAGAUUGUUGUUGUUAGCUUUGCCAGUAUUCGGUAUUAUGGCAGUAUUUGACUGCAAUCGCGCUCUGUUUAGAAACUCUUUUUGCAGUGCAAAUUGCAAUGACCUCGGGGCCGAGUUUGAAAAGCUGGGCCACAUUUUCAGUGGAAAAUUAGUUCGCGGCCUAGAAGUUCGGCCAGAUUGCGAACAGAGCGCGAAUGCAGAGAAAUACUGGUAUGGAGAUUUCAGAAUACUGGCAAAGCUAACAAAAAACGGCUCCCCGACGUUUCGCAAUAAACGUGAACGAUUUAGCGAUAAAUUGCACUGUCAAAGUUGCGAAACGUCUUCCCCCAUGCACUUUGACAAACUGCUGAUUUGUGUGAAUGCUUGGCAACAAAAAUCCGGAAGAAAUCCCAUGGCCUAGGAUUUCUCUAGGCCACGUUAAAAUCUGUUUCUUUUUUGCAGAGGGCGGUGUGAGCGCGCUGAUCCUGAUGGGCAAUCCGGUGGACGCGAAAAAGGCGUUCCGUGCGCUCGCGUACUCGCGAUUCCGCAGUCAGCCGCUCUACCUCGAAUGGGCGCCGUUCGACGUGCUCGGCGAAUCGGAAAAACCGCAAAAAUCGGCGAAAAAUGCGGAGGAGGCGCCGAGAAAAUCGAAGCGCGAAAUGACGUAUGAGGAGCGCAAAAAAGAGCGAAGCACACGUCAAAACGGCGAGGAGGAAAAUGACGGAGAAACGGAAAAAGAGGAGGCUCCAGAAGAGGCGACGUCUUCCGAAGAGCCCGUCGUCAGAAAGGAGAUCGAGUCGGGAAGUGCGAUUUUUGUGAAAAAUUUGGCAUUCGAAACGACCGAUCACGGAUUGGAGCAUUUGUUCAAGUGAGAGAGCUCUCUUUUUUUUUGACAGAAAUUUUGAAUAAUUCUCAAUUUUGCAGAAAACGCUACGGCCCACGUGUCAAAUCGGCGCAAAUUUCGAAAAAACUGAACCCGGCCGAACCGACGAAACCGCUUUCGAUGGGCUUCGGUUUCGUGCAAUUCUACACGGCUCUGGACGCGAAAACGGCGCUGAAAGAGAUGCAGGGAGAGCUGCUGGACGGACAUUCGAUCGAAUUGAAAAUCUCGCAUCGAGAGGUACCCGAAAAAAUAGUGUUUAGACCUUGAAAUUUGGAAAUUGAAAGUUAGACGAUGCUGUCAUUUUUUCUAACAAACUUAAUGUAUUUCGAAUAGUAAUAAUGUCUGAAAUUGGUUUAUUAAAAUAUGGUGAAACUGUAAAAUGUAUGCUUUUUUGACACGGUCCAUUAGAUCAAGGCUAUUCUUUAAAAUAUUCACUUUACACAAAUCUUCUUGCUUGCAGAACGUGGAGAAGGGCGCGCUGAAACGAAAGUCGGUGGAUCAGAAGGAGCAGGGCGAGUGCACGAAGCUGCUCGUCCGAAAUUUGCCGUUCGAGGCGGCAGUCAAAGAGGUCGAAUCGCUGUUCGAGACUUUUGGAGCCGUCAAAUCGAUUCGAAUCCCCCGGAAACCGGGCCAGAAGGCACAGCACCGCGGCUUCGGCUUCGUCGAUUUCAUUUCGGUGGACGAGGCACGCCGAGCCUUCGACGCACUCGUCCAUUCGACCCAUUUGUACGGAAGACGGCUGGUGCUCGAGUGGGCGAAGGAGGACGAAACAGUGGAGGAGUUGAGGGAGAAAACGGCCGAAAAGUACGGAAAUGCGGAGAAGAGGCAGAAGAAGAAGAGCAAGACGGAGCAGUUCCAGCAGCAGUUGCAGAUUGCCGACGACGAGAAGGAUUAG